AUUACGUGUGAGUGUCAGUGUGUGAGAGUGUGUUCAUGAUGAAGCUCCCUCUGAUCCUCGCUCUGCUCUCAGUCUCUGGAGGAUCCGCCCUCAAAGUGACGAGUGUCUCAGGUCAGGACGUGAAUCUGACCUGUAAAUAUGACAUUAAAUACCACGGAGCCCUGUCUAUGUGUUGGGGUCGGGGAGACAUCCCAAACUCCGGCUGCAACAACCAGCUAAUUGCUUCAGACGGACGUCUGGUGACGUUUGGGGGCGGGGCUUCCAGCAGGUACCGGUUUCUGGGUCGCCUGCAGGACGGAGACGUUUCCCUGACCGUCCUCAACGUCUUAGAGACGGACGCAGGACGAUACGGCUGCAGGGUGCAAAUCAAGGGGUGGUUCAAUGACGAAGCACAUCACAUCGAUCUGAGUGUGGAGAGAGCUCCAAAGACGACCACAUCGACACCUUUAAACACGACUACAGAGCAUACACACACACACACAGCAGCAGAUCAGAUGAACUCCACUCAGAUCCUCCAGACCAACAGCAGCCUCUCCCCCGAGGAUGGUAGCAGUGUGUUUCUGCUGAGUGUUGUGUUCGGGGCGCUAGCUCCAAUAACGCUGGUCGCUGCAAUCGUUGUUCUCGCCAGCAGACGGAGGCGCCUCAGCAAAAACUCGGAGCUUCAGUUCCUCGGCUCGGCGGCGUCGGAGAUGCAGAGUCGAGGCUCGGUCGUGGAAAACGUUUACCAGCUGGAAGACAACGGUGAGGGCGUUGAUGGCAGCGAGUACGAGAUUCUCCCCGGAGCUCCGCCCACUAACAGAAGCUCCGCCCUCUAGCAGUGGUGUGAGGUGGCGCUUAGUGGUGAGAGGCAGGGCUUAGUGGUGAGAGGCGGGGCUUAGUGGUGAGAGGGGCUUAGUUGUGAAAGGCGGGGCUUAGUGGUGAGAGGCGGGGCUUAGUGGUGAGAGGCGGGUCUUGGUGGUGAGAGGUGGGGCUUAGUGGUGAGAGGCGGGGCUUAGUGGUGAGAGGUGGGGCUUAGUAGUGAGAGGCGGGGCUUAGUGGUGAGAGGCGCUUAGUUGUGAAAGGCGGGUCUUGGUGGUGAGAGGUGGGGCUUAGUGGUGAGAGGCGGUGCUUAGUAGUGAGAGGUGGGGAUUAGUGAUGCGGGGCUUAGUGGUGAGAGGCGGGGCUUAGCAGUGAGAGGCGGGGCUUAGUGGUGAAAGGCGGGGCUUAGUGAUGAGUGGCGGGAUUAGCGGGGAGAGGCGCUUAGUGGUGAGAGGCUUAGUGGCGAGAGGCGGGGCUUAGGGCAAACAGGUGCACCUGGUCUUUGGGACCAAUGAAAGUAGACUCUUUAUAUUCCUGGAGUAAACAACAGGAACCAAUCACUGCCAUGUUUGUGUUUACCUGCUUUGUGUAUUUUAUUUAAUAAACCUGAUAUUUGUACGUG